AUGAAAGAUCUAAGCCACACUCCCGAAUUCGGAAGAUCUGCCCUUCCAACGAAAUUAGAAAAUUCUCGUUAUUCUCUUCAUAAUUCUCAUACCAGCCAGGGCACGGAGGAAACGCGUGCACUACCUUCCAUUCCAUCUUAUCAGUCACACAUAAGUAACUCUUCAAGCAUUUCUUCUAGCAACAACUUUACCGAGAACAAAGACCACCCACGGAAGCGUCUUUCGAGAGCAGAAGCCAAGAUCAAAGAACUUGAGAAUUUUGGUCCAAAUCUAGUUGCCCUUGAGGGAAGGGCACAAAAACUUUUUGUGGAUCAGGUCAAUCUUAACUUCAAUCUUCUGAGCCGCCUACAAAUGCCACUGACAUCUUCGUCUCCACAGGGACGCCCUUCAAAACUGGGACCUCUUCAACAUCCACAUACACAUCUCCAAAAUCCAAAUAAUUCCGGUCAAUCUUCUGUUACUCACGCGUUUCAAGUCAAUUCUGAGGAUGUGGAAAUGAACGAUGCGCCGGAAAUUCCAGAGUCAAUUAUGGUUCCCGUAGAAUCUGAACGUCAGAACAGAGGUGAAGUGCCAACUCCCCGUCCACUUAUCAUACCCUCCCAAGCCGCUGCAUCGGUUCGAAUUCCUUCAAGGUCAAGUCAAUUAAUGACUCCAAGUAGUGUAUUCGAAAGUCCACGACAUACUGCUCUCCAAACCACCACAACCAACAUCCACGAUCAAAUCGAGCUUGAACUUUCCCACUUAAUGUUAGAAAAGCAUAACGAACUACGACUUAUCGAAAUUGAACUUGCUAAAGCACAAAUAAUGCUUGAACAGCUUCGACGUGUUCAUUUGAGGCCAUUCAACCUUGUCAAAAAUGAGGAGGGUCAGGUUUAUGCAGUCAGGGUUGUGUCAAUCCUCCUCCGGACCUCCGGAAGAACAGAGAAAUCUCUUCCAGCACUCGGCCAUGCCAUAAGCGGUGCGACUGGAUCCGCCAUCUCAAACCUCUGCAUCUAUCCCCUCGACCUCAUCAUAACACGUCUACAAGUCCAAAGAACUCUCGCAAAUUCCUCCUCUCCUACUUCAAAACAGCCACAGAAAUAUAAAUCAGUUGCAGACGCAUUUGAUAAGAUUUAUAAUGAAGAAGGAGGGAUUGCCGGAUUUUACAGUGGAGUCUUACAAGACACAUCCAAAUCCAUUGCAGAUUCAUUCCUAUUCUUCCUCUUUUAUGGAUAUAUUCGUUCGAAAAGAUUACAGUCUCACUCAUCCUCCAAAGCUACUCUCCCCGCACUCGAAGAAUUGGGCGUCGGCGCAUUAGCUGGCGGGUUAUCGAAGUUUUUCACUACCCCAUUGUCAAACAUUGUGGUGCGAAAGCAAACUCAUUCGAUGACUGCUUCUUCUGGCACAAGAUCUCCAACAAUAUCUUCAAUAAUAUCGGAUAUAAAAGAAAAGAAAGGCAUUACUGGUCUCUGGUCUGGUUAUAGUGCAUCCUUAAUCCUUACUCUCAAUCCGAGUCUCACGUUCUUUCUCUAUGAGUUUCUCAAACGUGUUUUUAUCCCAAGAGAUAAACGUGAUGACCCAGGGGCACGAAUUACAUUUUUGUUGGCGGCGGUUAGUAAGGCAAUUGCAAGUAGCGUUACAUAUCCCGUGAGUCUAGCUAAGGCUCGGGCACAAGUCGACGGAUCUUCUGCUCCAGUCAAGAAAGAAAGUGUUGAGAAGCUUUCAGACAAUGUGAAAGAUGCAAAGAAGAAUGGAUCUAAGAAAGCUGCCCAGGAAGCACAGAAAAAUCUCAAAGAUGUUUCCAAGCAAGCAAAAAGAAACACAAUCAUUCAUUCCUUAAUCAAGAUUUACAAGGAAGAAGGAAUAGGAGGAUUAUACGAGGGCAUUGGAGGGGAGAUCAUCAAAGGGUUUCUAGGUCAUGGAUUAACAAUGAUUGUGAAAGAUCGUGUGCAUGCAUUCAUUCUCUCACUCUAUUUCAUGGUUUUACGAUUGUUGAAACGCAGUCCCUCGCCAAAAACAAUUAUCAACGAUGCGAGAGAAAAGGUCAUGGAAGGAGGUGAGAAUGCCUUACAGAGUCUCAAAAGAGUGGGCGAGAAUACCCUUCAGUCUGCUCGUGAGAAUGGCUCGAGUCUCGCAUCCACAGCCCAAAAUUCCACUACCACUAUCACAAAAUCCGCAAAGGACGUCUCUGAUAAAGUGUUCAAUGGUGCUAAAAAUCUUGGGGAAAAGACAACUGCUAGUGUCCCAACAGCAAAGGAAGCAAGCAACAGAGCAGCUGCCGCGGGAAACAAUCUCAUAGAAACGACAACAUCGACCACCGAAUACGCGAACAAGGAAGCAGGACAUUUGUUUGGAAACGCAGGUGAGCAAUUAGGUGAGAAAAUUGAGGGAUUGGGAGGAGAAAUCCAGAGAGUAGGAAAGGCAGGGAAUGGGGGAAAGGAAUAG